CCUGAAGUAAGGGUCUCGCGCUCAAUGUAUAUUUAGUCGAUAUGUUUAUAUAACUAGGUCGAUAUCCAUAUGCAUGCAGCCCAGACUGAUUUGAUUGUCGAUGCUCGUCAACUUGUUUCCAUCGUCCGAUACAGUCUGUGCACAUGGCAUCAAGAAGGACGCGACGGACGGGAUCGAUAGAGACGAACUCGACGACGUGUCCUGCCGAAGCGACGCCGGUGUAACCGAUCCCAGCCGCCGGUGAGGGAGGGAUGAGAGCUAUUCCCGUGGGAUGAUCACGUGUCCGUGGGGAGUAGUUGUGUGUGGAGCCCGUGGAAUAGGAGGUGUAGCGUCAGGCGCGUCGUUCAGACUUGAUUGUUACAGUAAGGAAGCUGUCAACACAGAGCCGGCUGCAUUCGCGCCUGUUUACUGCUUCGUUCAAAGCGACUGAAAAUGCGCACGAGGAUCGAGGAUCUGGCGAUCGAUUUCCAUAAACUUCUGCGCGCAUCUCGACCGCAACAAACACGCUCAGCCUGCUCAGCGGCGUAACAUCAACGCUUCGGUUCACCGUGGCGAGAAGAUCCUCGAAACACAAAGGGCUGUCACUGCAAAUCAAGGUGACUGACCAGCUUCUGUGGGAUUUGAUGUCACCUUUAGAUCGGUUCAACUGAAGAUGGAAACACUGGAGUCCGAGCUGACGUGUCCAAUCUGCCUGGAACUGUUUGAGGACCCCCUCCUGCUGCCCUGCGCCCACAGCCUGUGCUUCAACUGCGCCCACCGCAUCCUGGUCUCUCACUGCUCCAGCACCAAGCCUCUCGAGUCCAUCUCCGCCUUCCAGUGUCCCACCUGCCGCUACGUCAUCACGCUCAACCAGCGCGGCCUGGAGGGCCUGAAGCGCAAUGUGACGCUGCAGAACAUCAUUGACCGCUUCCAGAAGGCCUCCGUCAGCGGCCCCAACUCCCCCAACGAGAGUCGCCGGCCGCGGCCCUACAGCGCCACGCUCGGCGGGAGCGCGAGGGGCAGCCCCGCCAGUAGCGCCAUGUCCCUAGAGCGUGUCGGCUGCCAGUUCUGCGACCAGGAGCCCACGCGGGAGGCCGUCAAGACAUGCGUGACGUGCGAGGUGUCGUACUGCGACCGCUGCCUGCGGGCCACGCACCCCAAUAAGAAGCCCUUUACCAGCCAUCGUCUGGUGGAGCCGGUGGCGGACGCUCAGCUGCGUGGGCUAGCCUGCCUGGAGCACGAGAACGAGAAGGUCAACAUGUACUGUGUGGUAGACGACCAGCUGAUAUGCGCUCUCUGCAAGCUGGUGGGACGGCACCGCGAGCAUCAGGUCACCUCUCUCAGCGAUCGCUUCGACAAGCUCAAGGCUUUUCAAGUGAGCCCUGCCAGAGUUUCUGAAGCGGUUAUGGAGGCAUCAAAGACAAGCGCCGCGCAAACCUUGGAGAAUAACUUAACCAAUCUGGUGAAGAGGAACAGUGAGCUGGAGAACCAGAUGGCCAAACUCAUCCAGAUUUGUCAACAGGUGGAGGUGAACACAGCCAUGCAUGAAGCCAAGCUGGUGGAGGAGUGUGAUGAAUUGGUGGAGAUAAUUCGCCAGAGGAAACAGGUCAUUGCUGUCAAGAUCAAAGAGUCCAAGGUGAUGAAGCUGAGGAAGCUGGCCCAGCAGAUUGCGAACUGCAGACAGUGUCUGGAGCGCUCGAGUGCCCUCAUCACACAGGCUGAGCACAGCCUGAAGGAGAACGACCACGCCCGCUUCCUCCAGACGGCCAGGAAUGUGGCUGAGAGAGUUGCCAUGGCCACCGCCUCCUCCCAGGUCCUCAUCCCAGACGUCAAUCUGAACGAGGCUUUUGACAAUUUUGCCCUUGAUUUCUCCAGAGAAAAGAAAAUUCUGGAAGGACUGGAUUACUUGACAGCACCCAACCCUCCGUCUAUACGUGAAGAGCUCUGCACGGCCUCGCAUGACACCAUUACAGUGCACUGGACCUCUGAAGAUGAGUUCAGCGUCACCUCCUAUGAGCUUCAGUACACCAUCUACACUGGCCAGACCAACUUCAUCAGUCUGUAUAACUCUGUAGAUAGCUGGAUGAUCGUGCCCAAUAUCAAGCAGAAUCACUACACAGUCCACGGCCUGCAGAGCGGCACCCGUUACAUCUUUUUCGUCAAGGCUAUCAACCAGGCAGGCAGCAGAAACAGCGAACCCGCUCGACUCAAAACCAACAGUCAGCCUUUCAAACUGGACCCCAAAACGGCCCAUAAGAAGCUGCGCCUCUCUAAUGAUUGUCUGACCAUGGAGAAGGAUGAAAGCUCCCUGAAGAAGAGUCACACUCCGGAGCGUUUCAGCGGAACCGGAUCCUACGGUGCUGCUGGCAAUGUCUUUAUAGACAGCGGCUGCCAUUAUUGGGAGGUUUUACUGGGCGCCUCCACAUGGUACGCUCUUGGAGUGGCUUACAAGUCGGCGCCCAAAAAUGAAUGGAGCGGCAAAAACUCAUCGUCUUGGGUUUUCUCGCGCUGCAACAACAACUUCCUAGUGCGGCACAACAACAAGGAGUCGAUCGUGGAGGCGUCGCUACAGCUGCGCAGGGUCGGGGUGCUGCUGGACUACGACAACAACGCCCUGUCCUUCUACGACGCCAUGAACUCCCAGCACAUAUACACUUUUGACGUUUCCUUCCUGCUUCCAGUGGCUCCCACCUUCAUGAUCUGGAACAAGUCGUUGAUGAUCAUGUCGGGGCUGCCCGUGCCUGACUUCGUAGACUGCAACGAGCAGCAAGAAGGCAUCUGCCGCCAGCAGGAUUCGCCCUACGUGUCCGGAGUCAAGAGCUGCCACUGAGGCAUCAUAGGAGUGAUUCCAGAAGGUUCCCUCGCCCUUCUUCUUUUCCUGGUUUUCAUAACUAGGUUAAAGUCAGAUCUUUAGUUGUUCCUGAUAGAUCUGGUCACAUUAAUGAGCGUUAAGCAAGUAGGUUAUGAGCUCUCAGAUUUAAAAACGGCUGAAUUGGGGGAAACUGUAAAUUAUUUAUGACUAAACAUUGGUUUGCUUUUUUGUCGGUUUUAAUGUAUUCCUAAAAGCACUUUUUAGAGUUGAAUUUGUUGCCCCUGUGUGUAAAAAAAGUCUUGCUAACUUGAGACAGGGUUGGACUUCCUUUUGGACCGAAUAUAGUGGAUUAUGUUAGGCUGACAAUUUGGUGUUUCUAAUAAGGGUUACAUUUAUUAUCUGAUGGGUCUAUAACACACUUUUCAUAUUCAGGGAGAAAAGAUGACGCUUUGGUUUAAAAUACGAUGGCAUGAUAUGUAUUUCCUCUGUGAUUUGUUCUCACUAUCUCAGUUUCUGGUUUAGUUUUUUGUGAACAGCAUGAGGCACAACUUCCCCAGGUGUUUUUAACAUGUAUCUUUAAUAAUUGAUAUACAAUGUGUCGCAAAAUCCCAUCCGUGGAGGUGUUCGUCCAUUGACGCGCAUUCAAACUCCAUCAAGAAUUUCAAGACUACAGUCUAUAUUUCUCAGAUCCAUCCAUUCAAAAACAUUUGAAAGACUGGCAAAAAGUCAUGUUGAUUCAGUCUGGUAGUUUUAUUUUUUAAUGGCUGUUAUGAAUCUUACAUGAUCUUCCGCAGUGUGACGUUCAGGGCUGUAAUAAGGAUACCCAGUCUUGGGAUAAAGACAAUCACUUAUGCUAAUGCAGGCAAAUAAAAAUCAAGUGUGUAGCGAGAGAUCUUUGCAAUAGCAUGCUGAACUUGAGAUACUUCCCUAAAGAAGUGGUUUGUAUCCAUUCAGUUUAAUGUAAAUAUCCAGACUGGGAAAUAUUCGUACUACUGUCGCCACUGUCCUGCUGCAGGUUUUGCUUCGUGUCAGUGGGGUUUCCUCUCUGCUCUGCUGAAUGUACGUGAUUGCUUUGGUUCUUUUUAUAUCUUUCUGAUUGAAAGCACAGAUCAUUUCACCAUUUCAUCCUCUUUGCAAGCACAGGAAGUAUGUGAAUCCUCCUGUUACAUCUUGAGUGCUUAAAAUCCUUACAAACAUAUAGAGGGGAUUCACUAGGAACAAGUUGUGUGCACUGAUAGCAGUGUUAUGUGCGUUGGAUAAGGAAAUUAAACGACACUUAUCCAACAAGCUCUUGCGGCUAUUUGUAGCUAUUUUACGCUUUGGCGGAUUGGUGGCUAAUUCGUAUGAAUUUCUACAAUCUCUUAUGUACGUUUUCAUGCGAUCUGCUUAUUCCUCAUUGGCGGUUAGGAUCAUUAGUCUUAGAAUCGCCACGUUGUAAAAUAGUUAUGUUUUUCAUGAGAUCAGGGUGUGUUUACCUCACUUCUGACAGUUUUUCCGGCAUCCUUCAUCUCAGCAUUGGUCCAUAUACUUGAAGCUAGUGACAUGCUAGAGCCCCUUUUUCUUCCAUGAACGUGAACUCCUAAGUUGUUUUAAAGUUUAACCUGUGACUGAAUGAUACAAUAACGGUGUAGUAGAGCAAUAAUUAACUUAAUUUGUUAGCAUUUCUAAUGAUUUCUGGCCAAUUGCAUGAGUCUCAAAGCUAUUUCAUCUUCAUCGUUGCUCCAAUUUGUCCUGGUCUCGGGUAAAAAUUGUAUAUCUGAAUGCCAUAAUGGGACACUUUUUAGGUCGAUGGAACUUAUUUAGCGAGUUCUACACUGCUGAAAGUGCAACUAUGGCUGACGAGUGACACAGCAACGUCAAAUCUUUGUCAGUGUGUUUCCUGUAUGGACGUAACCCUGAGAUGUCCACCACUGCACCAUCCCUCCGUCUCAGUUCAUUCAGUCACACUGUCACUUCUGUUGUUGCUGUCAAAGCAGCAGCCGCUGUCAUGUGUCUUGGUCUGACAUUCGGACAGUCUUGAGCGCAACCCUGCAUGCUAAAAAGAGCAAGAUGGCACGUACCGCAGAAAGUUUUCAACAUUUCCAUUAAUCAUCAGUGAUAUCCAUAGGCAAGUUGAUUUGCUUAUGUUUUGGUCACUUUUCAUGUGAAAACUCAUUUUCAGGCUUUUCUGAAGCUGAAGGGUAAACGUGAGGAGCUUGAAAGCAGAACUCACGAGUCAAUCUCUGAUCUAGUUUGAUCUAUUUGUUCAAGUGCGAUUCACUGGGUCACUGCAUGACGAUCUGGCCCGGCUCGAAGCAUUUCCUGUGAUAUGCUCUGCUGUUUUAUAUAAACAUUUUUUAUGAGAAAUGUCCAGGAGAGAUAUUGUUAUGGCAUAUCAGGUUUCCAGUUAGCCGUGCUUUUCUUUGCAUUUAAGACUGAUGAACUAAUUACAUUCGUUUCUGUUUUCAAGCGAUUGUUUUUACAUUUCUGAACAAAAAAAAAAUGAAAGAACCGAUUCCUCUUCUUUGAUAUUUCCGUCUUUAUUAUGUGCUCAAGCAGCUGUGUGUUCAUCAACAUAAUGCUCCUGUUUCAAUAGAUAUAACUUAGCAAAAAAAGAAUGUAAAUCAUAGGAGGAAAUAUAUAUUAUAUAAAAAUUGUAUAAUAUACAAAAAAGUAUAUAUAUAUAUGAACUAUUGUUAUUUAUGUGAGUCCAAAUAAAAGUCUGAUCCC